AGCUUAGUUGGCACUGAUCCCUCCUUUCCAUAUAGACGUAGCUUUCAUUAUGCAGAAAAUACUCUGUAAUGUAUCGUAAAUAGAGCGCUUUAUUACAGAGGACAGUGGAUGCAUAUUUAGCCAUGCGAUGAGGCCAGUGCACUUUGCAAGACUUGUGCUGCAAAGAUCCUCCGCAUAUCCCACGACCUGUUGCUGACAAGCCGGGAGAAGGAGAGGGGAGAGCCGCUUGAGAAGGGUAGUGCCUUGGACACAGGAGCCCGUGGUUUUGUCGCUGGGGAAAUCAUGCAGUUUGCAAUCUGGCUGCUUGGACUAAUGUGUCACCUGUCAGCACUUGUCCGAAACUCCUUGGAAUAUCGAUUGCAUCCGAAACAAGAAAGUUUCAUCAAACGGUUGUCAUCAUAUGAAAUUAUCACCCCGCUGCGGAUAAAUGAUUUAGGAGAAUCAUACCCCCACAAGUUGCACUACAAAAGGAAACGGAGAAGUGUAAAUGCUGAUUCCUCGACUGGUUUACGUGCUCACUACAGAAUUGACGCAUUCGGAAAACGCUUUCAUCUCAAUUUAACCGCCGACUCCAGUUUUAUUGCCCCCACCUACACUGUGACACAUUUGGGAGAGAAACACAGAAACGCAACAGAGUCCAACCAACAAGACCUCAGCGAUAUGCGGCACUGCUUUUUCCGCGGACACGUCAACGCUGCGAUUGAGUCCACCGCUGUCUUCAGUCUAUGCACUGGCCUUAUUGGGACUUUUACCACCCAACAUGGGGAAUACUUCUUAGAGCCCCUGAUGAAGGCAGAGGAGGAGGAAGAGUUUGACGAAGAGCACAACAAACCUCACCUCGUCUACAGACAGGACAGGAAGAGGAAGGAGAGCCCUGCCAGUGAACUCAAACAACCCUGCUCAGCCUCAGGGGAAGGAUCGUCAAGGCCAAUCGUUAAUCUUCAGGGCAACAGGAGUUUGGGAGAAGAGUUGGAUUGGCUGAGAAAUAGAAUAGACUCCCACCCCCUUGCCAUCGCCAACUCCUCAGACGCCCAUCUCAGAUCUCCGUCCAGGAAGAAGAGGUUCCUGUCCUAUCCCCGCUACGUGGAACUGAUGCUGACCGCUGACGUCAAGAUGGUGCACCACCACGGACGCAAUCUCGAACACUACAUUCUAACAAUCAUGUCAGUAGUUGCUGCAGUCUACAGGGACCCUAGUGUGGGGAACCUCAUCAACAUCAUGAUUGUCAAACUGAUUGUCAUCCACAAUGAACAGGACGGACCCGCAAUCAGCUUCAACGCUGCCACUACCCUCCACAACUUCUGCGUGUGGCAGCAGACCCAGAACGUCCAGGACGACCGCCACCCUUCCCACCAUGACACCGCCCUCCUCAUCACCAGGGAAGACAUCUGCCGAGCCAAAGACAAGUGUGACACGCUGGGGCUGGCCGAGCUGGGGACCAUGUGUGACCCGUUUAGGAGCUGCUCCAUCAGUGAAGAGAACGGACUCAGCGCCUCCUUCACCAUUGCCCACGAGCUGGGCCAUGUCUUCAACAUGCCCCACGAUGACAACCCCAAAUGCAGGGAGGCGGGAAUGAAGCACCAACACCAUGUCAUGGCGCCCACCCUCAACUAUGACACCAGUCCCUGGUCCUGGUCCAAGUGCAGCCGUAAAUACAUCACCGAGUUUCUGGACACUGGGUACGGAGAGUGCUUAUUGGACGAGCCAGUGAGCAGGACAUACGAGCUGCCCAGCCACCUCCCCGGGCAGAUCUACAACGCCAACCGACAGUGUGAACUCAUGUUUGGCUCCGGAUCCAUGGUGUGCCCCUACAUGAAACAGUGUAAGAGGCUUUGGUGUACGAGUGCCGAGGGGGACCAUAAGGGAUGCCGGACGCAGCACAUGCCUCUGGCUGAUGGGACAGACUGUGGGCAUGGAAUGCACUGCAGGCAUGGGAAGUGUGUGAACAAGGAGCUGGACCUGCGGCUGGUCCAUGGAGAGUGGGGCCCCUGGGGGCCCUACAGUGUCUGCUCCAGGACCUGUGGAGGAGGCACCAGGAGUACCUCCAGAGACUGCAACAACCCUGAGCCCAGGAACGGAGGGAGGUUUUGUGUGGGUCGAAGGAUGAAGUUCCGGUCGUGCAACACUGAUCCUUGUCCCCGCGGGCGUAGAGACUUCCGCGAGGAGCAGUGCUCUCAGUAUGACGGCAAGCACUUCAACAUCAACGGGUUGCCCCCCACUGUCCGCUGGCUGCCCAAAUACAGUGGGAUUUUAAUGAAGGAUCGGUGCAAGCUUUUCUGCAGGGUUGCCGGGACCAUGGCCUACUAUCAGCUGAAGGACCGCGUCGUCGACGGCACGGCUUGUGGCCCGGACACCUACGACAUCUGUGUUCAAGGACUCUGCCGGCAAGCAGGCUGUGAUCAUGUGUUGAACUCCAAAGCAAGGAAUGACAAGUGUGGAGUGUGUGGAGGAGACAAUUCCUCCUGCAAAACGCUUGCCGGGACCUUUAAUGACGCUGAGUAUGGUUACAACACUGUAGUUCGGAUCCCUGCAGGAGCCACCAACAUCGAUAUCAAACAGGUCAGCUACUCUGGGAAGCCGGAGGAUGACAACUACCUCGCUUUAUCUGACAGCCAGUCCAACUUCCUCCUGAAUGGGAACUUUGUAGUGGCUAUGUUCAAAAGGGAAAUCACCUUUAAGGGAACCGUCAUUGAGUACAGUGGCUCAGAUACCAAAGAGGAGCGAAUUAACUGCACAGAACGGAUUGAGGAAGAACUCGUCCUGCAGGUCCUGUGUGUGGGGAACCUGUACAAUCCAGACGUGCGUUACUCCUUCAAUAUCCCAAUCGAAGAACACCUGGAAAAUUUUGUCUGGAACCCCUCAGGUUCCUGGUUGGAGUGCAACCGCAUGUGUCAGGGUGAGAGACGGCGCAAGGCGGUGUGCGUGAGGAAGAGUGACCAACUCGGGGUGUCGGACCAACGCUGUGAGCAUCUACCUCGUCCCAACACCGGCACUGAAACAUGUAACGCUGACUGUGAACUCAGGUGGCACGUAGCAGGUAAGAGCGAGUGUUCUGCCAAGUGUGGCCCUGGGCACCGAACCCUAGAUGUCCAGUGUAUGAGGUACAGCACAUCCAAGAGGCAGAGCGAGAGGAUGGAGAGCCGGGCCUGCUCCGAACUCCCCAAACCCCAGGCCAGAGAAGCCUGCCACGGGGACUGUCUCCUAAAGAACUGGCAGUACAGCGCUUGGUCACAGUGUUCAAAGACGUGCGGUCGAGGCUCUCGUACCCGGGACUCCUACUGUAUGAACAACCUGGGCCGGAGGCUGCAGGACAGGGAGUGUAGCGACUCCCCCCGGCUGGUGGCAGAGAGCUGCAACGACCAGGCCUGCCCCGACUGGUCGGUCAGCGAGUGGAGCGAGUGCUUGGCGACGUGCGGGAAGGGGAUGAGGCACCGGCAGGUGUCCUGCAGCACGGGGGUUGGAGAGGAGAAGCUGAGCGAGCACUUCUGUGACCCCAGCGCCAAGCCUUCCGCCGUGGGGAGCUGCGAGCUUCCAGAGUGCGCUUCCUGGCAGGUCGGAGCCUGGGGACCGUGUGCGGUAACGUGCGGCCGUGGGUACCAGAUGCGGUCUCUGAGGUGCGUGUCGGGGGCGUAUGGAGACACGGUGGACGACAGGGAGUGUAACGCGGCGUCCCGUCCCAGGGACAGCCAGGACUGUGAAAUGGCCCCCUGUCCCUGGGCCUCUCCUCAACACAGCACUGUCCGUCCCGACAGCGCCGGUCAGCACCUGACCCAGUGGAGAUACGGUUCCUGGACAACGUGCUCUGUGUCUUGUGGGAAGGGGAAGCGUGCCCGCUACGUCAGCUGUCGUGAUGCUCAGGGGGGUGUGGCAGACGAGUCCUACUGUGCUCACCUGCCCCGGCCCCCAGAAUCCUCCUCCUGCUUCAACCCCUGCGGCCAGUGGCGUUCCUGGGAAUGGUCUCCUUGUUCAGUGACGUGUGGUGUGGGCCGGGCAAACAGGCAGGUGGUAUGCAGUACCUACCACCACCAGGUAGACGAGUCCUUCUGCGACCAGGACGAGAGGCCCAGCACAGAGCAAGAGUGUACAGCAAGCCCCUGCCAGUGGCCCAAUGACAUUGACAUCUCGAAUGUCCCCUUGGCAGAUUAUCAGUGGAGGACAGGACCCUGGGGAGCAUGUUCCAGUACGUGUUCCGGAGGCUUCCAGAGGAGAGUUGUGGUGUGUCAGGACGCCGAGGGUCGCAGCACCAAUCACUGUGACGAGAGGGUCAAACCUGACGAGUCUAAGAGCUGCAACUCGGGCCCCUGCCCUCUGUGGAACUACGGUAUCUGGGGAGAGUGCACCCAGACGUGUGGCGGAGGCAGGAGGACACGCCAGGUGGUGUGCCAACGGCCCAACGGACAGAGACUCAAUGACCACAACUGUGACAUCCUGGACAAGCCUCCCGACAUGGAACAGUGCAACCUGCACCUGUGUCCAGGGAGUGCAUCCUGGCACCGCCGACCAUGGAAGCCGUGUUCUGUGACUUGUGGCCGCGGCACCAAACAGCGGGAAAUAGCCUGUGUUUACCAGAACCAAACCCAGAUAGAGGAACAGCACUGCAGUCACCUGUCACAACCCCGUACGCAGAAAGCCUGCCGAGCCCAGGGAUGCCCCAGCUGGAAGGUCAACAGGUGGAGCAAAUGCUCUGUCACCUGUGGCGUCGGGGUCCAGAAGAGGGAUGUGUACUGCAGACUGAAGGCCACAGGGCGGGUGAGAGAGGAGUUCUGCGCUGCUCACAGCCGCCCGGCCGCCACCCAGCCAUGCCAGACUACAGAGUGUCUCCAUUACACCUGGGCAGCCACCGAGUGGCAAGACUGCAACGCCACCUGUGGAAAUGGGAUGAGGACCAGGAAGGUUCUGUGUAUGGGGGCGGGGCUGACACCUGCCCAGGAAGCCGCCUGCGACCCCUCGUCUCGGCCUGCCCUCCACCAGCCCUGCAGCGGAGCACCUUGCCAUUAUAUGUGGAUGACGGGGGAGUGGUCACAGUGCUCAGCCAGCUGUGGAGUUGGCUACCAGCAGCGCAUGGUGUCCUGCUCCGUGACGCCCUCCUCCCAGAACAUGCACUCCUACAACGGCCAGUCCCGCCCACACUGUCCGGAGCCCCACCCUUCUGGCACCAGACAGUGCUUCCUUAGGGAUUGCCCACAGGUUGCCUACUGGAAAAUGGGCCCAUGGAGCAAGUGCUCGCAGACAUGUGGGGCGGGGGUAAUGGAGCGCCGGGUCGAGUGUCUAACCUCUAAAGGCCAACCUUCCAAACACUGCAGUCCAGCCGAGAGGCCCGAGUCACGAGCCUCCUGCCAAGAGAGAGAGUGUCAGUUAUUGACGUCCUGCAGAGAUGUCCAGAUGAAACAGGGGCUGAGAUUGGAUGGGGAGUACUACCUGAAGGUCAAGUCCCGGAUACUACAGAUCUACUGUGCUGAGAUGCAGACCGAGUUCCCCAAAGAGUACGUUACGCUGCGAAGCGGUCACUCAGACAACUACUCAGAGGUCUAUGGAUACAGGUUGCUGAAUCCCUUCGAGUGCCCCUUCAAUGGCAGCAGAAAGCAGGACUGUGACUGCAGGAACGAUUACUCCACAGCUGGAUACACUCUCUUCCACAAGAUCCGUGUGGAUAUCAGGUCACUGAGGAUAAUGACCACAGACCUGCAGUUUUCUCAGACGCUCCUUGGUCGCCCCAUCCCCUUCGCCACAGCUGGCGACUGCUACAGUGCUGCCAAGUGUCCUCAGGGCCAGUUUAGCAUCAACCUCACUGGGACUGGUCUUAAAGUGGCUGAAGCAACCAAGUGGACCUCACAAGGCAAUUAUGUAUCUGUCAAAGUCCACAGGUCAGAGGAUGGGGCAAGAAUCUACGGUCGCUGUGGUGGCUUCUGUGGGAAGUGCAUUCCUCAGCCUCACAAUGGGCUGCUGGUCCAGGUCCAGUGACCAGAGGGUCAGUGACCAAACUCCAACCCUCUCAACAUCAAACCAGGAAGUGGAACAGAUGACUCUGAGGAUCUCUGAGGAUCCAAUGCACUACUUCUCUUAAUGUGUCCGUCCACUCCUCCAUACAUUAUGCCUCGCUCCCCACCUGGCAGCUACAGCAUAGGGAGCUCAGAGGCUACUAGCUAUACAGGAAGCUUCAGCAGAACCAAGACUCUGCUAACAAUACAGGGUUCUUCAGCAGAACCAAGCCACUACUAGCUGUACAGUGUGCCUCAGCAGAACCCAACACUGAAGAUGAGCCAAUUCUCUAAUGUCCGUCCUAAAUAGUGUUUAUGGAACGAUACAUUUACCGACACUCACAAAUUUCAGCAUUGUACAGUUUAAUGUAAACUGUACACUGCUGGGUUGGGGGCUGGAAAUUGUAACAUUGGGUUAACCACUGCACUGUAUAGGUCUAGUGAAGGCUCUUAUCACGGUUUCAAGUGAGAGCUUUCUAAUCUGAUUAAGGUAACAUUUUCAUAUGGAAUUCUGAAAGGAAACAUUAUAUAGUAUUUUUAGUGUAUUUACAUAUUCUAUUGUAAAUGAGGCAUUUUUUGUUUUAAGAUCUUGCUAAAUAUUUCAAUAGUAUUAACAUAUUCCCAUAGUUACCCAGCCUAGUUCUGAACUCAAAAUCAAGCUCUAAUGUAAAUCUCCAUGGGAAUACAUUUUUUGUCCUGGACUAGGCUUGUGAACGGGAAACCACACCAUAAUGUCACAUCACAUGGGUUAUCGUGAUUCCUGCAAUAGUUAACCAAUGAAUCAUAUUUUUAAGUAUUACCCCAAAAUUGUUGAAGCUUAAAUGAACUAGGAAGGACAAAACUGCUGAUCAGAAGAUAUGUUAUUUUCUUUAGUUCAUUUUGUUUUUGUGUGGGGGUGGGCUGUAAUCAUUGUUUGCAAGGGUUUGUGUACUACUGUUGAUGUGCAUUCUUCUACUAAUGGUCACCCAGACUUGCCUUAUCUUAAAGGUCAAAGAUCAUAUGUGAGGAGUCCUGAGCCUUCUGAACACUGCAUCCUGGAAUAGUUGUCAUUGUUCUGUUUUGGAAAACUAUUGAAAACGUAAGAGUCCAAUGACUGACUGACUGACAACAUUUUCUCUAGCAGGUUGCUCCUGAAAUUCACUAACUGGCAGUGUGAUCGGGAACAAAAUUGUUGUUUGUUCAUGGAAAAGGUUGUUGAAUUAUUCAAAUUUUUUACCAUGGUGUUGAAUGUUCUCUGAAUGAUGUAAGAGGUGGAACAUCCAGGUCAACAUCUCUGCAGUCAGAACCUAAUUUGGCUCAUUUCACAUAGAAUGUUGUUUUCUAGAUCUUGUCUCUUUUUGGGUCCUAUACAUGCUUGUGACCCUACCUCUCACAAGCAUCCAUAAACAUGAGAUGUACUUCAUUAUAUUGUAAAAUAUUUAUUUAUAUUAAGUAUCUGUAAUGAAAUGUAGAUACUAUAUUCGAUGUUCAUCCAGUGCUUCUAUGACUACAAGCCGCCAAGUAGCCAUUGUUGGGUUUUCUGUUGUUGCUGAAAAGGUAUUACAGUUUGUAGUGUGUGUGUGUGUGGGUGUGUGUGUGUGUAACCACUAACCUAAAGGAGGAUCUUUGAUGGUGCUUUUAUAACUACUGAAUUUACCUCUAAUAUUGAUAAAGAAUAUAUUACUGACGUUGGAAAUGACAUAAGCUGUGGCAGAGCCUCAAAAACCACUGAGAUGCCUUGUGUACAGUGAAAUGUACUACUACAGCAUAACACUCAAAAUGCUUCGCAGAACAUGUGAUUAUCCUUUUCAAUGUAGCUGAAGACCAAGCUGGAACAUUGCCAAAUAUGCCAAACUUCAUGAGAAAACCUGCUUGAGAAAACCUGCAUGAAGAGCCCUAUCAUCAUUUAGGGUGAAUGGAAUGAACAGUGACCACUUUAACUGGGCAGAUUUGGCAAACCUUUCCAGCUGGUUCUCCAUUAUUAAGCUUUAACCAAAGUUUCAUAGAUGCAGAUUUUAACUUUUGUCAGACAUUGCAGCUUUUGGUUUAAGGAAUGGUAGAAACCCCCUUAAAAAGGUUAUUGAGCAGCUAGAAAACCUUUGGCUAUCAUUCUUGUUUGAUAGGCAAUUGUACUAUGAGAUCUGUAUCAGAAAUUGAAAGAAUACUUGAUGCACUAUGUGCCAUAAAUUUUGUAGAAAGGUAAUCCUGUUUGUUUUUUUGUUUAAAUAACAUUUAAGAUUUGUAACUUAUGAUGUGUAUUUUUUAAUAUUAAUACUUGAAGCAUAAACUGUAUGUCAACUAUAAUUAGCAUUGGUAGGCCUACUGAAUUGAACACGGUGCUAUUUUGCUAUGUAAUAUCCAAAGAUGUUUUAUGAAUCAUGUAAGUACAGUAUUUAAUGUAGCGUGUAUAAAAACGAAUGAUUCUGAGCUAUGGACACUAACUAAUUGUAUCAACAUCGUAGGUCUUGUACUAUACUAACAGUGUAAAAUAAUAAAUAUUUUAUUAUUUUCAAAUAA